CUGUCUAAUCUAUCUUCUUUCUUUUCCCAUCCCUACUUCUCCCCAAUCUCUCAUUAUUGGACAUCACAUAUCUCCUCUCCGUUUUGGAGUUUUAAACUUUUCACCAUUCCCGGCCGGUGAAUUUGAGAUGCCGCCGGCGAAUCUCCAGCUAUUUUGAUUUUCAAUGUCAAUGAUACGUCUUCUUCUCCUUGUAUUUCUUUCUAUUUCUUCUUCUUGUCUGAUUUUUCUUAUUUUCCAUUAAUUCUUUUAACAGAAAUUGUCCUAAAUAGGAGCAAAAAUGUUUUGAAAUUCCAAAAUAGGAGUAUCAUAUUUUUUAUUCCCUGAAUAUGAGUAAUCUUCCAAAACAUUUUUACUCCUAUUUAGGGAAUUUUCUCUUAUUUUAAUUACUACCGAGUACAAGAUUCUAACUGUUUAAGAUUUUAAUUUAAGAAAUGCUAUUUCCAAACUGUUUUGUUUUUUCUGAAAAUGAACGCCCACUAUUUUUUUACUAUUCCGUAGUUUCUACGAGUAUUAUUUUUAUUUUGAAAAUUUUCAGAUAAUCAACUUUGGAUGUGAAAAUCUAUAACUAAGGUUAUACUCUGCAAUAUUGUUUUAAUGUCACUUUCAUGAAAUUGCUUUUAAUGCCACUUUUAUGGCAUUCCAUGGCCAUUUCUUGUUACUUGUCAAAAAAAUACCAUUUUCAUGGCAAUAUUAAUUCUAAUGUUCUCCGAUAUUAGGGUUGUAAAGUUGCAUCUGGCCAUAACCCAUGUUCUCCGAUAUGUUUUAUUUUAUGGUUUUCUUUUAUACUCGGUAUUAUUAAUAAACAAAUUCUUCCUUUGAUUAAGGGUAUAUUUGUCAGCACAUGUCUUUUUACUCCUACAGACCCAUGCGGGGAACACUUAAGUCCUAUUAUAUUUUACUCCUAAUCAAGGAAUUAACUCUAGCUUCUAAUGUCUUUUAGUUUUUCCUUUCUAUUCAAACAAUUCAAUAAAGCUCCUACUUUGAUUUCCUUUGACCAUAGCAAUUAAAUGUUUUACUAUUUAUAAUACUCCCUCUGUCUCGAAAAGGAUGGCCAAAUUUGACUUUCACGUGAAUUAAUAAAGUAAAAACUGUAUGGUUGAAAUUUGUGUAGAGGAGAGAGAAUUAACUUUAACCACAUAUUUCUUACUAUAAAUGGAAAUGGCUAAUCUUUUUGCAACAUCCAAAAAAGGAAAUUUGGUCAACCUUUUCGGGACGGAGUAGUAAAAUAGUCUUUUACUAUAUACUCGUAUAUGUACAUAUAUAUACUUCUUUGUUAUGGUCAAUAUUUUCAGGUGGACUGGGAUCGUACUUGCUAGGGAUCAGCAUUCAGCAAGAAAACGUAUGAGCUUGCUGGAGUACGUUGAGGCAGAAGCAAACUACAUUCAAGUUGAUAACCGGUCAUCCAGAUCCAGCCCAUCUCAAAUACGUAGUAUAUCCCUCUCCGAAUUCCCAAAGAAUCGUUGCCGGACUGGUCGCACGCCGGAGGAGAAGAAGCUGAAGUUGCUUCCAUCGGACUUGACUAGCUGCUGCCACUGGACUUCGCCGCCUAUAACAAACCUAUUUCUGCCACUUUGUUGCCGGAAGGAAGAAGAGAGAACGCCGGAGACUGCGAUGCCGAAGUUUGAAACGGAACUGAGUUGACCGGACCUCGCUGCUGCAUGCCGUUAAUUACUGCCACGCCGGAAAAAGAAAAAAAAAACAACCUCUUUGAUGGACUGCCCCUUGCCGAGAAAGGGGAGAAGGAGGCAUCGUUGCCGACUGCCGCCGGUCGUCUUCAGACUGCUACAGUACGUACUCAAGGUGAAUUUGGAAAAGAUCGAGAUAUAGAAGCUUUGGUUGGGAAUUAUCGCGAUUGAGGUAAGUUCUACAUCAACCAAAAUUAUACUUUUCCUCGUAAAUAUAUAUAUGAUUAUUUAUUUGAAAUUAUUUGAGAACUUUGUGAGAUUUCUAGCAUUUACAUUUAUACUUCGUAUUUGAGUAUUUAGAAUUAUUUAUGGAUUGUUAUUGAGGAUUAUAUUUGAGAUUUGAGUAUUGAAUAUUGUGUGAUAUUUUUGAGUAUUUGAAGUUAUGUAUUAAUCAUUAUUGGGAUUGAGAUUUGAGCUAUUUAUGGAGUAUUGUAUAUUUUAAUCAUGUUGGGAAUUUUCGAGUUUAAAGGAUCGAUUAACCCUUAUUUUGGAAAUUUAUGUCUAUGUAUAAUAUGUGAUGCAUUGUUGAAUGUUGAAUAACUUUGGGGAAAUUACGUGAGUAGUAAUCCCUAAAUUUUUGGAAAAUAAUAAAGAUAAAAUGAACCUUUCAAUGUAAGGGCAUCACGGGAGAAAUCCGGGAUGUCGGUGUCCUCCACGACCUUGACUGUGGAGAGUUAUUAGGACUGCUAUUACUUGUUGGGAUUUGGUGUCCACGACCUUGACUGUGGAGAUUGGUGGUUGUUUAUUGUAUUUAAAAUUCGGGCAAAAAGACCCUAUUAUUCAGUAGUAGCAGUAACCUAGUCACUUAUAUAGGGUAAUCCCUUUUUGGUGGAGUAGGGGGACGUUGACGUCCGAACUACUUGGACUUCUUACUACUCGUAGGGCUUGGAAUCCCUUUUAGAGGGUGUGCACACUUAAGGUAGAGGUUCAGUUUCCUCAAGUUAGAAGUGGUACCGGCAAAAGUCCCGGGGUGGCCGUACAUAACAACGGACCAUCGGGCUCAAUAAAAUGUUGAGCACCGUCCUUCAAAUGUAUUAGGAGUACAAAUUAUAUUUGAUUGGCUUGGAUUUGAGUUGUUGGAUUAUUGUAUUGAAUUCGAGUUGGAUUGAAUUAUCAAAUUAUUGUGGAAUUUCAAAGUAAAAUUACUUUUGAGUUUAAUUCGGUUUGAUUAUGCUAAUAUUGAUUAUGAGUGUUUGGAAGUAUUUUGAGAAUGAUUUUUUGUACUUUAUGUAUAUUUGGUACUUCGUAUUUUGUAAUUCUUGUAGUUUGGAAAUAUUUACUUAUAUUUGAAGUACUGUUAUUUUAUUAGUGAUGAUGUUAUUAUGAGAAGAUUUAACAAAUUGUUAAAAAAAUAUUUUUUCCUCCCCAAUGUUUUUUUUACAAAAAUAUUAAAUUAUAUUAUUUUAUGGGGUUAGGUGGAACUUACUUAGCACUGGCUAAUUUUUUUUUUCUUUUUUUUUUCUUUCUGUACUUGAAUGUGUACAGGUAAUGCUUUGCUGAUGAUGUUGACUUUGAGAAAGCUUCCGCUAGAGAAAAUGUAGUUAGUAGAUAAUAUUGUAGUUUAAUUUAAUUUUGAAGACACUUAUUGAGUUUAAUUAUUUUUGUGGUGCUUAGCCUGUGCACUCGGUUAGGAUAGAGCCGAGUGUGGCGGUAACGCCCCUAUUUCUCUUUGAAAAUUGUGUUGCACAUUUCUGAUGCUUUUCAAAUGAAGAUGUUUUUUUACUCUGAACAAAUUAUCAUUUAAAGUUAUAUUUUGG